GUGAUGUACCCAUCAACUCAACCAGUCUGCCCCAUAAUUUUCUCCCUGUCAUCUACUGUUGCCAUUAUUUGAGAUUUAGGAUUGACGGGUCCACAUGUACUCUGGGAUUUGUCUUAUGUGUUUAAAAUACAUCAAAAGGGUUAGGGUGAAGCGGCCGAUAGUGGAGAGUGUGUGUGUCUGACACCGCUGUCCUCUAGGCUCCCGGCCGCCUGCCCGCCUCAGGAGGGGGCAGGAUGUGAUGUCAUAGCGGCGCUCCCUUCUUCUUCCUGUCCGGCGGUGUGUGUGUGAGCGUUGGAGGCUCCGCCCACACGGCGAGCAGACAAACAGGAGAGAUGUUUGAGGUGAAACCCCGUGGCGUGGAGAAGAAGGGCGGAAGCACAGAGACUGAUGACACCAGUACCAGCAGUAAGCAGUGUGGUGGAGGUAGGGGGUCUGGGUCGAUGGGCUCCCAGGGGUCAGAGUCUCUGUACCUGUAUGACAGUCAGGACUGGGUGAUCUCUCCCAGCUGCUCCCCUGAAGAGGAGCCCUGCCCCACCGCCAUCUCCCCCAUGCUGGCCCAGGAGACCUUCAGAUACAUGACUUAUCUUCCCCUGGAUCCCUCUUCCUAUUCUCACCCUGGCUCCCGAGUCCUCAGUGCUGAUAGGGUGGAGCAGAUGACCAAGACCUACAAUGACAUUGAGGUUGUCACACAUCUACUGGCUGAGCGGGACCGGGACUUGGAGCUGGCCGCUCGGAUUGGUCAGUCUCUGCUUCAGAGGAACCACCUGCUCCAGGAACGUAAUGAGUCUGUGGAGGAACAGCUAGCACAGACCCUGGACCAGGUGCACCAGCUACAACAUGAGCUGGGGAAGAAGGAUGAGUUGCUGCGGAUGGUGGCCAGCGCUUCGGAGGAGAGUGAGACGGAUUCCAGCUGCUCAACGCCGCUGCACCCCCGCCAACCCCUAGCGCCCGCUGCGGCCCUCAGCCAGCUGGAGGCCCUGCAGGGGAAAAUGUCUGAUCUGGAAGAGGAGAAUCUGGCCCUACGCUCUGAGGCCUGUCAUCUGAAGAAGGAGACCAUCACCUACGAGGAGAAAGAACAUCAGCUGGUCAGCGACUGUGUCAAGGAGCUACGCGAGUCCAACAGUCAGAUGGUGAACCUGACAGAGGAGCUGUCCCAUAAGAAUGAGGAGGUGAUGAGACACCAGGAGGAGAUUACCCAGCUCCUCUCCCAGAUAGUAGAGCUCCAACACCGCGUCAAAGAGUUGGCCCUGGAGAAAGAGGAACUGAGGAUUCACCUACAGGCCUCUAAAGAUGCCCAGAGAUCACUCACUGCAGAGCUGAACGAGCUAGCGGACCGUAAUGUAGAGUGUGUGGGGAUGCUACAUGAGUCUCAGGAAGAGAUCAAGGAGCUGCGCAGUAAGAACACUCCGUCUGCAGGCAUGAGACGACACCUGCCCUACGGACUCUUCCCCAUGGACUCCCUGGCAGCAGAGAUUGAGGGCACCAUGAGGAGAGAGCUGAGUGUCGAGGACGAGGUGGCUUUCCAGGACCAAAAAGUUUCCCAGAAGAGGGUGUUCCAGACAGUACGUGUGGUCAACGAGUCGGUAGAGAGAGCUGCGGCGAUGGCCACGCCCCCUAUCCCCGGCUCGGGCAUAGGCAGCUGCCUGGUGAUGACGGCCCAGCCCUUCCAGUCCGCCCAGGGGAUCGACCAAUCACACGACGGCGCCAAGGAGGAGGUCCCACUCGGCAAGCCUGGCGCACCGGGAGGAAAUGACCUUGUGUCGGCGCUGCACCGCCUCUCCCUGCGGCGGCAGAACUUCCUGUGCGAGCGGCAGUUCUUCCAGGCGGAGCGCAGCAAGAAGCUGGAGGCCCUGGCCGGGGGGGUGGAGUCGGACGUGGAGGGGAGUGGCUACAGCUCACCAAUGAGCAGUGUCAUGUCAUCCUUCACCAACCUAUCAGAGUUCUCGGUCUCGUCCAGCUGUUUUAAGACCUUCCUCCCUGAGAAGCUGCAGAUCGUCAAGCCCAUGGAGGGCUCCCUGACUCUGCACCACUGGCAGCAGCUGGCCAAGCCCCACCUGGGCACCAUCCUGGACCCCCACCCGGGCGUGGUCACCAAGGGCUUUCGGCCCCUCCCCCAUGAUGCUCUCACCGACGCCGUCUACCGCCUCACCGACCUGGAGGAAGACGAAGAGGGAGGUGAUGAAGAACAGAAAUAUGACAUGAGAGGAAAGAGAGAGAAGGAAGGGACAGACGCCUGGGAGAAGAAGGGAGAGGAAGAAGAAGAGGAGGAGGAGGAGGAAGGAGGGAUCACCUUCAAGGUGCAGUGCUCGUCAACACCGGAAGAGAAGAGGGAGAGGAGGAGGGAGCUUUUGCCGUUGAACGGGCCACCGGUGUCUCCCGUGUCCCCCGUUUUCCUACCAGUACCAGGCUCUCCACAGCUCCCUCUAAUCGCGGUCCCCUCUGACCUCUCUAUGACCUCUAAUGCCACCUGUGACAUCAUUAGGAGCCCGGCCCUCUUGGCUCCGCCCGUCACUGUAACAUCCACUUCUCCUGUCCAAUCCCAGAGCCAGACUGUCACCAGUCUCACCACCCCCACUACUACUUCAUCCUCGUCAGUUCAUAACCCGGGGAAAUGUCAGAGUUCAACGUUCUCCACCUACACCUUCACAACCUGCCGUAUCUUGCACCCCUCUGACAUCACCCAGGUCACCUCCAGUUCCCACUGUCAGUCUUCUGUCUCCGAGUACACCCCCAGCUCCAUGCGGACAGGCCCCAGCACCCCGGUGACCCCCUGCAGGCUGAGCCUGGGGGUGGACUCCUUCCCCCCUCGCCGCCCCCCCGCCCCCUGUGGCCUGGCCAAGCUGGUCCUGGAGAAGGGCAUCUCUGCUUCCCUCUCCACCGCCGAUGCCCCCCCUCCCUCACACCCUAAAGCCCCCCUCCCCCAGCAUCUCCUCCCCAACACGCCCCCCAACUCCCCGUCCCACUCGCCGGCCCCCUCGCCUGUGCCCUUUGAGUCCCGCGGCUCGGCGCCAGCCGCCUGUGACAACUUCCUGGCGUCGCUGCCGGCCGAGCUCUUCCUCCAGGACGUGUACGGGCUGAAGUUUGGCCGCGCCCAUCGCCCCAACCUCCCCAGCCCCGACCCCGCCUCACAUAGCCUCAGCCUUAGCCACGCCCCGAGAAUCAAAUCCAAAGCUAAACCCGCCUCCAUCAACGUAAACUUAGUCGAGAGGCUACGCCGGCUGGGAUUGGUCAAGGUACUCCAGGGGACGGAGCCGUUGUCGGAGGGCCUGGGGCGCCAGGACUCGGCCACCUUCCUGGCCACGGGCGGAGGCAGCCUAUUGGACGGCCUGCGGCGGAACCAGAGCCUCCCAGCUAUGAUUGGAGCGGUGCGGGGAAGUCCCUCCCACCAUCAGGGCCAGGCCUCACCUCAACCACCCACCUCCCUAGCCAUCGCCCCGCCCCCCUGGGGCAACCUGAAGGAGCAGCGCUCUGUCCGCUCUAGGCCCGCCUCCACUUCCCACGCCCCACCCCUUUCACUUAAACGCUGAAGAAGUGAUGACACUACAGGGAGGCGGGGUUUGGAGGGAAGCUAAGACUGAACAGUACAAUUUGGGCCCGCACCCUCUCUCCUUCUCCACCCCUCUUUUAGACUGAUAUUCGGAGGAGAAAAGGGCAACAAGUGGGGGGAAAAGUCCCUCCCCUUUUUAUGAAUUCUUCUUAAAAGCACAAUAUUGUUAAAAAUUGAAACUUGUAUUAAUGCCACGGUGUGUGUGUGUGUGCCAUUUUAAAAGGGCUUUAUUAGCUGUUCCUAGCCUUGCCUGCCUUCCCUCUCCAGCCCUCUAGGGGGUGCUGUAGGUAGAUGUUAUCCCUGCUCUCUUCUUCUCUGCUCCUGCUACAGUAGUUAUUCAUCUGUGAGGCUCUGGACACUCAAAAGAUGGGAAGAUGAAAAGAGGAAAUAAGUAAGUUGUUGAGGGCUUGAGAAUGUUAGAGGGAUAGGGAAGAAGAAGAGAAGGAGAAGAAGAAGGGAAGGUAAAAGGGGAAGUGGUAGAAUGAUCACUGUAUGUAUAAACAAUGAACUUGACUUUGGUGUCAAGGAGAGGACGAUAAAGGAGGUCAGAGAUGAGGGAAGGAGAGAGAAGAGCAGUGUAAAGAGAAAGCUUGAGCCUCCAGAGCCUCACUGUCUAGGGGCUUGUUGUUCUGUAGUUUGAAGCAGUAGAGCCGUUUGUCAUGUUAUAUACGCUAGCUAGACUCGCUACACCCCUUAUCUUCUCUUAGGAACCAGGCUGGCGCCCAUGCACCUUACUACUGCCAGCCCGUCGCUAGGGAACUACAUUCUAGCCUUCCCAGUGUUACUACCAAUACAGUGAACCUUUUGCUUUGCUGUCGUCAGGGGCAACUCUCUCUGUGCAUUGCAAUAGGCUACAACCAGUGUCUGAAAUGCAUGGCGUGUCCUGAAAACGACACGCUUCUUUACCUCCAGGUCCCAGCAUGCACCUGGCCCUCUGGGGGUGGGUGGGGUAGUGGUCUGACUGACAGGUCCGAGGCUGCUCCUCCUCAGGUCUCAUAAGGAAGAGGUUGUAACGCCUUAAAAUGAGUUGUUUAGUUCUGUUUGGGUGUUUUGGUUUAAAGACGUGUGUAUUUUAUUAGACGCUUAGUGGGAUGGGUAGGUUUAACCUGGUCCCAGAUCUGUUUGUACUGUCUUGCCAGACCCCUAUGGUCUUUGUCAUGUUACAGCACAAACUGAUAUGGGACCAGGCUAGGAUGCAGCUGGGAUGGACUAUUCCUCAGCGGGGCUGUUUGGGCCUGUGCUGUUAAAAAUCCUCUCCAGCGACUACUAUGGUCUCCGUUUCCAGUCAAUAACCUUGCAACCUUCCAUCCCAAAUCGAUCCCUAGGCCCUAUGCACUUGUGGAGAUCUGAGAGGACUUGAUUGGUAUAACCAAUAUGGUGAAAUUCCACCUAGCCAAUCAGAGGGCAAGGUAGAUGUAUUACCAAAUUGCUUACACCUGUCAAAUCCUGACAGACCUCCACA